UGGGCGGGUUUUCCGGUCGAAGUUUAAUGGACAUCGGAAACCAUUACUGAAAUAAGCAACAGUGUGGGACGGCUACUAGCCCAUGAUAAAAGUGCCCAUUCUCUGCACAUCGACUUUGGCAAUGACUAACAACAAUGCACGUCAGCUAAGAAUACCCCAGAACAUCCAUCCGCACAUUUCCGAUUUUAACAGCUUCAAUACAAAUAUUUUGGUUCAGCCUUGAGGAAUUUAUACGGUCGCUGAAACUUGCAAAACGACACCAUAGCCUACCGGCUAGGCUAGUCAAAGUAAUAAUGGUAGUGAUUUAGCUUGGUAAGUCGAAAGAAGUAUCUGGUUCACUUGUAGGGUAGGGUAGCUGAUGUGUUAGGUAACCUUGAAUUUGGAUUGAUUUCUUGAAUCGAUUAUCAUGAAGAUAAUCUACCAAGCACUAUGACUGCCUGGCUGGGACAGUUCCUCAUAGACUUGAAGUUCUAAGCCUUGUAAAUUCUGGAGGUGAGAAGAGGAUUAAACAACAGUCAUUUCUCAUCGAACCUGCUCCAAGCAGCGCCUGGUUUAAAAAAAGUGUUUGCAUCAGGUCUGACAUGGAAAUACCCUGGGUCUCGCCAAACAAGAAGUAGAACAGGGACUCUGCUGCUGGAUCCCUUCCUCCAUUAACCUGGGUGACGACGGACACCAUGGCAGAGGUGGACGAGCCAAACCCGGGUGCCGUGGCAACGCCCGAAGCCCCAAGUCCGCAGAGCGAGGCAGUAGCCAAUGAGCUGCAAGAGCUGUCGCUACAGCCGGCCCCAAAAAAAACGCCACCCAUUCAGCGGCGGAAGAAUGUCCUCCAGCUCAAGCUACAGCAGAGACGGACUCGAGAGGAGCUUGUGAGCCAAGGGAUCAUGCCACCACUGAAAAGUCCAGCUGCCUUCCACGAACAGAGACGAAGUCUAGAGCGAGCUCGGACUGAAGACUACCUGAAGAGGAAGAUUCGCAGCCGGCCAGAGAGGGCUGAGCUGGUCAGGAUGCACAUUCUAGAGGAGACGUCAGCCGAACCAUCACUCCAGGCCAAACAGCUGCAGUUGAAGAGGGCGCGCCUGGCUGACGACCUGAACGAUAAGAUCUCCCACCGGCCCGGACCAAUGGAGCUGAUCCACAAGAACAUCCUGCCCGUACACAGCAGCCUCAAGCAGGUCCUCAUAGAGACUGAGUUCUCCAGGGCUAUCGGGGAAAACUCCUCUUUUGAUGAAGACAGCAGUGAUGCUCUCUCGCCAGACCAACCAGCCAAUCAGGACUCUCCACUACGCUCCACCCCUCUGCCGUCGCCUCCAAACAGACUGGCCAAUCACAACCCUUCCCCAACCGAGUUUCUAUUGCAGGCCCCUCCCCCUCCCCCUCCUCCACCACUCCCCAUGGUCUCUGUCCGCUCCCCUUCUCAGAAGAUGACCAAUGGGACGACAGCUCAGAGGCACACCUCCGGACUGACCAAUGGGACGACAGCUCAGAGGCACACCCCCGGACUGGCAAAGGCCAGAACCACCCCGGAUCGGCCCAGCCCGCGGCCCAAGAAGGCCAAAGACACCAAGCCCAAGGUGAAGAAGCUCAAGUACCACCAGUACAUCCCGCCGGACCAGAAGGCGGACCGGGACCGCGAGCAGCGCGAGCCGCCCCAGCUGGACUCCACCUACGCCAAGAUCCUGCAGCAGCAGCAGCUCUUCCUCCAGCUGCAGAUCAUCAGCCAACAGCAGCAGCAGCACUACAACUACCACACCAUCCUGCCCGCGCCGCCCAAGCCCCCGACCACCGAGCAGCAGCAACCUUCUGCCACCUCGACCGCCUCAACCACCACCACCGGCCCCUCCCCAUCAUCCAGAAGUGCGCCUCACAACACGUCCACCUCCUCCUCCAAUCAGAGCGGGUCCAGCCGCCAGGCCAGCAGCCAACCAGGAGCAGGGGCCAAACCUGGGUCCCUGCCCCCUAACCUGGACGAGCUCAAGGUGGCUGAGCUGAAGCAGGAGCUGAAGCUGCGCUGCCUGCCCGUAUCGGGCACCAAGAGCGACCUGCUCGAGCGGCUGAGGAACUACCAGGAGCAGCAGCACGGAGCCCCGUCGUCAUCCUCCACCGGACCUACAGGGGGCGCCGUCGUUGUCACGACGACCGGAGGAGGCCUGAAGGGCAGCGCAGCAGCCCAGCUGCAGUUCCAACCGCUGCUGCAGCAUCGGCCCUGCAACCCCUCGCCCAUCCUCGCCGCCGGAGCGCCCGUCCUGCACCAAUCAGGCGACGGCGGGGUGCUCCUGCACCAAUCAGGCGACGGCGGGGUGCUCCUGGCCACGUUCCCAUUCGUCACUGCGUUGGGCAAGACGCUGCAGGGGGGCGGCGGCACUCGGCCCCAGGUCAUGCACUUUGGCAGCGCUAGCUCCACCCCUCCCGUGUCACCCGCCCCCUCGGAACGCUCAUUGGUCGGGACGAGCCCCAAUCAGGCCAGCUGUAAUGGUGACGCGUUCGGAGAGAUGGUGAGCGCUCCUCUUACCCAGCUCAGUCUGCAGCACUCUCCUCCUCUCCCCCAACACUCCCUCCUCGCCGCCGUGAAGGAGGAAGAGACGACAUCCAUCGCCAGCCGCCUCGCACCCUGCCGCUUCUCCUCCUCCCAGCAGCCACCACAGCGCCUCCUACUGGACAAGGACCGGCUGCUGCAGGAGAAGGACAAGCAGAUCGAGGAGCUGACGCGCAUGCUCCUGCAGAAGCAGCGACUGGUCGAGACCCUGCGCCUGCAGCUCGAGAUGGGCAGCAAGCAGGCGGCGGGCACGAUGACGACGGGCGGCACCAAGGAGACCCUCCUGCAGCCACCGCCAGAGGGCGCUGUUGUGCGGGUGAAGGAGGAGCCCCCCGACGUCGUACCCGCCGACGCCUACCACUGCUGCCUCUCCCCCCCCCCCGUGGAGGCCAUCCGCGUCACCGUGAAAGAGGAGGCGACCGAGGAAGAGGAAGAGGAGGAGGAGAGGAGAGAGGAGAUGGACGACGUGAUGGCGGAGACGAACGACGGUGAUGUCGGCGGGGGGUUCUUCCACGUGUCGCUGCAGCAGCGGGGGCGGGGGACGGCGCCUGCUGCGCGGCUGCGGCUGCGGCAGGAGGAGGCGGUGCAGGUGCAGACGCAGCAGGAGCAGAAGCUGAAGCAGAAGGUGAAGCAGCUGCAUCUGGCCAAGCAGCAGCAGCAGCACAGGAUGGUCCUCCAGCAGCACAACCACACCACACACACACACACACACACACACACACACACCAACCUACAGAAGAGGGCCCAGCAGAGGAAGAGGAAGCCCCAGAAGCUGCAGCAGGGCUUCAUCCAGCAGCAGCCGCAGCCGCAGCAACAACAACAACAACAACAACAACAGCAGCAGCAACAACAACAACAACAUCAGCAGCAACAACAACAGCAACAACAGCAACAACAGCAACAGCAGCAGCAACAGCAGCUCCAGACACAGUUGCCUUCACAACAGAUUUCUCAGGUGUUCAUCAAUCAGCAGCCGCUCUCCACCUCGUCGUCGUUUCCACUGGAUCUCCUCAAGAACCACCCCUCCCCCACGCUGGUCAAGGACAGCAAUGGCAACCACUUCCUGAUCGCGCUGACCAAUCACAACGCAGAGAGCCAAGGGAGCGAUUCCAUGCAGGGAAAAAUAGCCAAUGGGGUCGCAUUACAGAGGUUACAGUCUACACCAACUAAGCUUCCCAGCCAAUCAGAACAGCAGACAUCCCACACCACCGCCCAAUCAAAGAAGUCCAUACAAGCAGGCGCUCUGCACCAGCCAAUCAGAAAGGGACUAAAGACAGGACCACCGCAAGUGUCAGCCAAUCAGGUGCCGAGGGCCACGACACCCUUGUCCGCUCCACCCAAUCUGCAGCCACCGUUCUUCCCCAGCCCUACUAACUCCACCCCCUCUCCACCAAACCCCACCCCUUCGCCUCCCGCCGUCCUGGAGAGCGGCUGCACGCAGCAGAUGGAUGACCUGUUUGAUAUACUGAUUCAGAGCGGAGAAAUCUCGGCCAACUUUAAGCCAGAUCCGGACCCCGCCCUGGCGAGACUGAAGGACUGCAGCAGCCCUUCUCCCUCCUCCUCCCCUGACCCCUCCCUCUCCCAGCUGUCUCCUGCCACCCCUCAGACAGCCGACACGCCCCCGCAGAUCUCCAGCCCCCUCAGCGUCACCGACGCCACCGGAGCCAGCCCGGAACACAGGCGCGCCAGCAGCAGCAGCAGCGAGGCGGCGGCGGCGGCGACGACGGGAGACGGGCGUCGUCUGGAGGACUUCCUGGAGACCACCACGGGCGGCGAGACGCUGCUGAGCGUGGAGGAGCCCGGCGGCCCGCUGACGCUCAUGGACGACCUGCACAGCCAGAUGCUCAGCGCCCCCAGCAUGCUGGACCACCACCCGCCCAUGCCCAUGCCCAUGGACACCUACGAGCUGAGCUACAGCGUGCCCGCCACGGGCCUGGACUUCGCCGACGCCGCCCUGGACAGCAUGGACUGGCUGGACAUCACCAUGGGCGGCGGCGGCGGUGGCGGUGGCAGCGGUGGCAGCGGGGGCGACACAAGUCCAGCUCACGGCACGGGGAGUCUGGGGGCACCGUCGGGACCACCCGUGCCCACCAGCAUCUUCUCGGCGGACUUCCUGGACAGUCCCGACCUGCAGCUACACUGGGACUCCUGCUUAUAGUAGCCUGUGAUAGUAGCCUAAGACAACAACAACAAACAACAAACAAACAAACAGAGAUGGACUCCUGCUUAUAGUAGCCUGGCCCCCCCUAAGACAACAACAAACAAACAAACAAACAACAAACAAACAACAAACAGAGAUGGACUCCUGCUUAUAGUAGCCUGUCCCCCCCCUAAGACAACAACAAACAAACAAACAAACAACAAACAGAGAUGGACUCCUGCUUAUAGUAGCCUGUGUCCCCCCCUAAGACAACAACAAACAAACAAACAAACAACAAACA